AUGUCCUUGGACACUGUCUGCAAAAAAUUGAGGGGGGUGACAGACGAAUGGAUUAUUACGAAGUUCAGAGAGCCCCACACAUGCAGAAAUGAUUUCGACCAGGGUGGGUCGGAGAAAAUGUGCACAAGUGCACUAAUAGCCGAUUUGAUUUAUCAAAAAGUCGGUGCCGACCCAGAAUACAAAAUAAAACACAUCCAAGUUGAUGUGAAACAGCACUACAGGUUGGACAUUACGUACAAAAAAGGAUGGUAUGCACGUCAAAAGUGCGUUGAGAGCAUCUAUGAGAAGUUUGACCAAUCGUACACUAAGCUCCCGAAAUUCUUGAACUUGUUGAAGAUAGCUAAUCCAGGUACGAUUGUUGAUAUAAAAUUCAAUCCAUCCGAAGCGGGUUCGGUGUAUGGGCAUUUCUUAUAUGCGUUCUGGGCUUUCAAGCCUGCAAUUGAAGGUUUUCGGUUUUGCAUACUUGUUAUUGCCGUUGAUGGUACACACGUGUACGGCAAAUACAAAGGUCAUCUCUUAUUAGCGGUCGGCAUGAACGCUAAUAAGGAAAUUUAUCCACUGGCGUACUCAAUUGUAGAUUCUGAAAACGGAGCCAGUUGGACGUGCUUUCUCAAACGGCUAGCAAGACAUGUCUUUUACGAUCUUCCUUCAAUUUGCAUCAUUUCGGAUAGACAUGCCGGGAUAGAUGUUGCAUAUAAUAAGUUACCUGAAUUACAAAGCAGUCGAGUCAAGCGCCGUUUUUACCUAAGACACAUUCGAAGUAAUGUGAUGACCAGGUUCAAAAAUAGCAGACUGAAGGGCUUAGUAUGGGAAGCAGGUACUGCCGUUACUAAAAACAAAUUCUAUUCGUCAAUGCAAAGCAUACAACAAUACUGGCCAGAAGCCCACAAUUAUUUGUCUGCAAUCGAGCCUGAAGCGUGGACAUUAUCUCACGAUGGUGGUCACCGGUAUGGCAUAAUGACAACUAAUUCAUCUGAAUCAUUUAAUAAUUCUCUAAAGGGUUGUCGAAUGCUACCGGUCACGGCAAUAACAAGGCUUACUUUCCACAAGUUAAGCACAAUGUUUGCCAACGGACAGUGA